CGGGCCCCGCGCAGGCGCCCCGCGAGCGGCCUGAGCGUGCGGCCCCGCCUCAGCACGCAGGCGGCCGGCGGCUGUUGCUAAGUGACGUCAGGGCGCCCGGUGGCGUCACGACGGCGGCGGGGUGGAGGCCCGCUCGGCGCCGGGGCCGGAAUAUGGUAUUCAGCUGGAUGUACCUGAACAGCAUUUCUAUGAGCCUGGUGUUCAAUCUGUCAGUUGUUCAGAAUGGCAAAGAACCCUAAUUUUCAGGAAGGUGGUCAUCUGCCAACAGGCUACGUCCACUGUAGAUCUUCAGAGACCUUUACUGGCUACCAAUAUCCCCAUCCCUCAAAGAUGAGUAACAGCCAUCCACUUCGUCCUUACACAGCUGUGGGUGAGAUUGACCAUGUUCACAUUCUGUCAGAGCAUAUCGGUGCUCUGAUGAAUGGCGAAGAAUAUAGCGACGUUACCUUUAUAGUGGAAAAGAAACGUUUUCCAGCACACAGAGUGAUCCUGGCUGCUAGGUGCCAUUAUUUCAGAGCAUUAUUGUACGGUGGAAUGAGAGAAUCUCAGCCUGAAGCAGAAAUUCCUCUUCAGGACACCACUGCAGAAGCAUUUACCAUGCUGCUGAAGUAUAUUUACACUGGUCGUGCUACACUACGAGAUGAGAAAGAGGAAGUCCUCCUAGACUUCCUAAGCCUGGCACAUAAAUAUGGGUUUCCAGAGCUGGAGGAUUCCACAUCUGAGUAUCUUUGCACCAUACUUAAUAUUCAGAAUGUCUGUAUGACAUUUGAUGUUGCCAGUCUUUAUUCCCUCCCAAAAUUAACUUUUAUGUGCUGUAUGUUCAUGGAUAGAAAUGCCCAGGAGGUGCUCUCCAGUGAAGGCUUCCUGUCACUUUCUAAGGCUGCUCUUCUAAGUAUUGUAUUGAGGGACUCUUUUGCAGCUCCUGAGAAGGAUAUUUUCCAAGCCUUGAUGAAUUGGUGUAAACAUAACCCCAAGGAAAACCAUGCUGAAAUUAUGCAAGCAGUGCGUUUGCCACUAAUGAGUCUAACAGAACUGCUAAAUGUUGUAAGACCUUCUGGACUGUUGUCACCAGAUGCCAUCUUAGAUGCCAUUAAGAUUCGUUCUGAGAGUCGGGACAUGGACCUCAACUACAGGGGCAUGUUAAUACCAGGAGAAAAUAUUGCAACAAUGAAGUAUGGAGCCCAGGUUGUAAAAGGGGAGCUGAAGUCUGCUUUAUUAGAUGGGGACACUCAAAACUAUGACUUGGAUCAUGGCUUUUCUCGACACCCGAUCGAUGAUGACUGCCGUUCUGGUAUUGAAAUUAAACUAGGCCAGCCGUCAAUAAUCAACCACAUACGAAUACUCCUGUGGGACAGAGAUAGUCGGUCUUACUCCUACUACAUUGAAGUGUCCAUGGAUGAGUUAGACUGGAUUCGAGUUAUCGAUCACUCUAAAUACCUUUGUCGGUCCUGGCAGAGCCUGUAUUUUCCUGCCCGUGUCUGCAGGUAUAUUCGCAUUGUUGGGACCCACAACACAGUGAACAAAGUUUUCCAUAUUGUGGCAUUUGAAUGCAUGUUUACCAACAAAUCCUUUACGCUUGAGAAGGGUCUGAUAGUUCCUGCUGAAAAUGUUGCAACAAUUGCAGAUUGUGCCAGUGUCAUUGAGGGUGUAAGUCGAAGUCGCAAUGCCUUGUUGAAUGGAGACACAAAAAACUAUGAUUGGGAUUCUGGGUACACAUGCCAUCAGCUUGGGAGUGGAGCUAUUGUAGUACAGCUAGCACAGCCCUACAUGAUUGGAUCAAUACGGUUGCUACUUUGGGACUGUGAUGAUCGGAGUUACAGCUACUACAUUGAGGUUUCAACAAAUCAGCAGCAAUGGACUAUGGUGGCUGAUCGCACAAAAAUUUCCUGCAAAUCCUGGCAAACAAUCACUUUUGAUAAACAGCCUGCAUCUUUUAUCAGAAUAGUUGGAACUCACAACACAGCUAAUGAGGUUUUUCACUGUGUGCAUUUUGAGUGCCCAGCACAAAACGGUACCCACAAGGACGAGGGUUGUAAGGAAGUGGCAACAACAGAGGUGGGGACUGGUGGUCAACAGCUUGUUUCUCGCCCUGUUCGAGCUGCAAGCACUAGUUCUCUGCAUUCCCCUCCUGGAUCCACCUCGCGUUCACAUGCUCACCAACCAUAAAGGAGGUUGAAAAGAAGCUUUUGCAACCGUGUUGACAUUAUAUAAAAUCAUUGGGAACUUUCUUGUGCUGGUACCUUUUCUUUCUUUUUCUCUGUGAACAAAGGGGACCAUGUCUGAAAGCUGGAAAUGCUGAAAUGGCAAAGGCUUUUCCCAAGGACAUGAAGAGUCUGCAUCACUCUCCUCAAUUUGAUCAAAUCAGGCUGGUCUUCAAGGGGGGAGAAAAUAGGUCUUCAAUCUUCAUCAAGUACCCCACUAACACCUACCUCUCUAAUCUAACCAAGGCAAGGAGAACAGAAGGAAAAAAAAAA